UUAAUUUCUUUUCAUCAGCUUCUACACGAAACCCUCACAUCCACUUCCGUUAACCAAAACGAGGCUCUAGUCCUUUCAGUCUUUACCGCUACAAAAAUGACAAAGGGUACCUCAAGUUUUGGUAAGAGGAACGACAAGUCACACACCCACUGUAGGAGGUGUGGCCGACGCUCGUUCCAUAUUCAAAAGAAGCGAUGUGCUUCCUGUGGCUAUCCAAAUGCUCGUAAGAGGACGUACAACUGGAGUGUAAAAUCACGGAGGAGGAGGACCACUGGAACUGGUCGUAUGAAGCAUUUGAAAUCAGUUUACAGAAGAUUCAAAAAUGGUUUCAGAGAGGGAAAGAUACCAAAGCCCCAUGUGAAGAAAGGAGCUGCCCCUUCAGCUGCCGUGGCAACAAGUUAGGCUUGUUAAGAACUGUUUAAAUAAAUAUAAAUGUAAAAAGAAAAAAAAA